AUGCCUCCCCAUUUCGUCCACCCCGCAGCACCCCGUCGUCGCUCACCAUCAACGGGCGGUGCGUCGUCAUCCGAGCUCUGCUACCUCAUCGUCUACAUCCUCUACUCUCCUGCCAAGCAGAAGCUCAACGUCAUCCUCUCCAUCGUCGCAGAGGUCGUCGUCGUCGUGGCCUUUGGCGCGCUCCUUAUUAGCUUCGUUCACGAUGAGCACACUCGGUCCACGAUUGUGGGGAUUUUGUGUAUCGUGUUUUGCAUCAUCAUGUACGUCGCACCGUUGGCUGCCAUGAAAUUGGUGAUCACUACCAAGAGCGUGGAGUUCAUGCCUCUCUACCUCUCCGUAGCAUCUUUCUUGAACGGAGCUUGCUGGACCGUCUACUCUCUCCUCAAAUUCGACAUCAACAUUCUCGUUCCCAACGGCAUUGGGCUGCUUUUGACCGUGGUUCAGCUCGUAUUGUACGCCAUGUACUACAGAUCCACGCAAAAGAUUCUUAGGGAACGAAAGAAGGGAGAUAUCGACAUGAGCGACGUCAAGAAAGAAGACAACCAAUCUUAGAUUUGUUGUGCUAAGCGGCACUUGGAUUAUUAUUAACGCUUGCUAGCUUCUUUAUGCAACAAGCGUCUACUUACUUAAAAAUAAAAAAAUAUAAUAACAUUAUAAAACUAUUAAGUGAUCGUCCUAAGAAUUGGAUGACCUGAUACUUGUAAGAUGGAUUAAAAAAAAAAAAAUAUUGUAACAAUUUCAUGAUGAAAUUGAUAAGUUUUCC